AUGCAGCUCUCUUUCGUCGUCCUUGCCGCUGGUGCCGGUGCCGCUCUCGCAGCCCCGCAACUGGCCCCCCGCCAAAACGCCUGCUUCAUCGUCGGCAACACCGUCCUGCCCCAGGAGGUCUCGGACGCCGUGACCUCGCUCCAGAACAAGGUGACCUGCGACACCUCCAAGACGACGCUCUCGGGCGUGCCGGACGUCAAGGCCGGCGCCGUGACCUUCUCGUCCAUCAACUUCGCCGACGCCAAGGGCCAGUCCCCGCUCGCCUUCGCCCUCGACAAGUUCGCGACCAAGGAGCCGCUCGCCUCCAACGACCUGGCCACCUUCCAGAACCAGCUCGACGCCUACGUCGCCACCGAGGCCGGCAUCCGCUCCGUCGGCGGCAACCUCGGUAUCAAGGUCCCCAAGUUCUUCCUCUCCAUGCAGGUACAGCGCAUCGCCACCGCCCAGGGCAACCCGCCCACCGCCGCCGGCCAGCAGGUCGACCACCUCCGCGACAAGGUCACCAAGAACGCCGGCCGGGAGGACAAGGCCCUGCUCGACCAGGUCACCGCCCUGGCUGCCAAGCUCACGUAG